AUGGAAAAGCUUUUAAUUAUUUUAUUUUAUUUAUUAUUUAUUUAUUAUUAUGUACAAGCAAGCAUUUCUAACAUAAACUACAGGCCAAAGGGCAACAAUCCAUUGCUAUACGAACCUGGCACUGAUCCAAUAAUUCAUUUGGAUGCAGACACUUUUGUGGACACAGUAUUAAGGCCGGACAAGGAAAAGGCUUAUCUAGUGGAAUUUUAUAAGGAUUGGUGUGGUUAUUGUCGUCGUUUUAUGCCCUGGUACAAAGUUUUAGCUGGAGCAGUCAAAACUUGGCCUUUUGUCCAGGUAGCAGCUAUUAACUGUGCAGAUGCUUAUAAUGUAAAAAUAUGUAGAGCAAACGAUAUUCCAACAGUUCCUAAAUUAAAAUAUUUUUCACGUAAUGCAACUUCUUUUGCUGAUGGCCAAGUAAUUGAACAUUCAUAUAAUUCAGCAAUAGAAAUGAGACAAAGAUUACAUGCAAAAUUGUUGGACGAAUUUGAUAAAGAAAUGGAAAAAGGAAAUUCUAAUUAUUAUUUGGGUGAAUUACAAUAUGAGAGGAGAUGUAAAUUUGCCAAAUUAUGCAGUACAUCACUUCCAGCUCCUCCAAAAAGUGUUUAUGCUCCAACAUUUUCAUAUGCUGUAAAUACACAAAUGCAAGACCCGUGGGAGGGUGUUUCUAACGGAACAAAAUUUUUAGUCUAUAUUUUUGAAAGAAAUCCAGAGAAAGGAUUGCCAUUCUCCUUAGAUUUAUUAUUAUUUAAACCACAAGUUGAAGUUCGUCGAGUACUUGUUUGGGGGCCUAAUGAUGUUAGACUAAUGGUUGAACAGAAAAAUAAAAAGAAUGGAGAUGAACAAUUACCUUAUGUUGUUGUAUUGGAAAGAGGAGGGAAAACAGAACCUUUAAUGGCUGAAAGUAUAACUGAUUCAACAUUACCUAAAUUACACGAAUUAAUAAAUCCUUUAAUGGAACAAAUAAAUCAGACAGAACAAGCAGAGGCGCAUGCUAAAAAGCCUAUUCAUGUAUUGGAUUGUGCAAAGAAUCCAGAAAGAUGCAAACAACUCUUUUAUGUAUCAGAGUCUGAUAUGCUUAAAGCAAUUCAUGCAGCACUUUUAGAUGAAGUAAUAAGUUCUGGUGGAAAUGAAUUAGAUUCUCAAAGAAUUUCUAAUUUAAAGAAAUUCUUAGAUUUAUUAAUACAACGUUUUCCAAGAAAAACAUUUGAGCGUUCGUUACCUCCAACACAUCCAAAAAGUCUUUCUGUUGGAAAGCCUUUAUCAUGGAGUUUAAAAGCAAUACAAGUAUUUAAUAGAAUGAGGCAAUUUUUGGAUAAAAAUGAAAUAAUUACAAUGGAUGAUUGGAAAAACGAAUUUGAUGCUGCAAAAGCAGAAAAUUCCGAGCCUUUCCCAAUUCAAGCAGAGUGGGAACACUGUAAAGGAAGUAAACCGAUAUUUAGAGGUUUUACUUGUGGAUUAUGGACUGCAUUUCAUGCAAUGACUGUUCAAGCUUAUUUAAAUAAUGAACAAGAAUCGUUAAAACCAUUAAAAGCCAUCCAAGCUUGGGUCUCUUCAUUCUUUAGUUGUUCUGGUUGUCGACGCCAUUUUAUGUCCAUGACUACCGAGAAAUUCCCGAUGGAUGAAAGAAAUGUUAAAACUAGAGAAGAUAUUGUUGGCUAUUUGUGGAAAGCACAUAAUACCGUUAAUGCUAGAUUACAUGGAGAUGAGGCAACUGAAGACCCUCAAUUUCCUAAAGAACAAUUUCCCCCUUCUUUUCUUUGUCCGGAAUGUAGAGAUUCUAAAGGGGAAUUAGAUCAGGAAAGAACAUUAGAUUUUUUGCUUCAAUUCUCAACAAACAUUAAACCCAGACAAUAA